AUGCAAGUUGUUCAGGGCAACUUUUUCUACCACUCAAACUCCAGGUUGGGAGCAAAUGGAGACCUCGAAGAUGAGAAACAACUUUUGGUCGAUAAGCAGAAGUUAUGCAGAUCCCAAGCUCGCAAGUUCUCUGCAGAAACCAACCGGCGCAGGAAAGCUCUGGAGGAAAGGCGGAAGCAGCGGGACGUACAGGAGCAACGGCUGAUAGAGAGCAUCCUGAAGCAGCGCAGACAGCAAGUGCAGGAUGCAACUGAGCGCUUUCAACGAGCCCAUCUAUCUCCGUCUCAGAGACGAAGACAACUUUUUAGAAGAAAUGUACCAAAUAUUGAAGAUGCACUCAGUCAAAUUCAAGGCUCCUUGAGUUCAUACACCCGGCAGUCCUCGUUUCUGUAUAGAAACUCCAAAGUUAGCAGCUGCUCCCCCUCUCCGAAGCCUCCCACAGUUGCUAAAUCCUCCCACCGCCCUGCACUCUCUGCGGUGGAGGCCUACACCAAACUGCUCCAGGAGCAGAGCGUCACUUUCUUCAGGAACGGUCAACAAGCUGAAAAGACACUAGAGAAACAACUAGAUCACAGUCCACAGGACAGCCAACUCUCUGAUUGCUGUAAUUCUGAAAGCCUCUCCAGUAAGGACAGUUUGGAGAUCGAGGAGCUCAACCACAGCACCAAAAAUCUACAGUAUUCCUAUUCAUCAUUCUCUCUUGUCUCAGAGAAGCCGCACCUCGAUGUGAGAAAGCAAAAUGAUUUGUGUCCAACAUCAGACUUGACUUCUUUCUCAGCAAUGAUGCUUCCUGGUGAUAACUCACCCCAAUCACACAAAGUGCUCGAACUUAAGCAGAAAAAACUGGAGGACUCUGAGGGGCCUAACAAUAAGGAGCACAUUUCCAAAUCUUCCUGGGGGUUCACAUCUGUUGAGCAAGAUCCUAAAAAGGAGCCCCAACCUGCUCUGAACAACUGCAGCUUAUUAACUCUUUGUGAAAUUAUUAGUGCAGAUCCAGAACACUUUGAGUUAAACUCCUCACAAAACAGUCCCAAUGACAAUUUUAUAAAUAAAGAUGCUUCUGGCAACACAGCACUCAUGUCUUCAUGUCCUGAACAGGAUGCUCUGUCGGAUCUCAGACAGAAGGGGGGCCAUGAUGACAGAAAAUUAAAACAUCCAUCAGCUGCAGAAAUUAAUUUGCCUGCCAAAAAUGGCAACAGCAAAGACAUUUUGUUUGAAACUGCCCCAAAGCCUAAUAUUUUCUUUGAUGAUAGUACACCAGAUAACACCUCGCAAGAAGGAACUCAUCAGCAAACAGGAAAAGAAAUCCACUAUCUGUCAUCCCAGAAAGAGCCUUCUGCUUCCAUAAACAACCUCAAUAAGGUUUCAAACCCAGAGCACAAAAGGGAGAAGCCCAUUAAUACAGAAUCGCUGCAGCACGCAUGCUUGUCGAACAUUCAAUCAGACACUCGUAAGUGCCUUAAGUGUCCUGAGAAGAAAGUACAAAAAUUGCCUGUCUCUGUGGGGACAUCUCAUCCUGUAUGUGAAGUCAGAGUCAUUAAAGGAAUCCUUAAAAAGCCGUCCAAAUAUAUGUCAGGAGAUAGCACGUGUGUGUACGGCUCAGGACAUUUGAUUUUUGCAAAACAAGGAGCUUUAACGAUCAGAGAUAGUAUUGAGUUGACAAGGUCAAAAACUAAGGAUGUGGAGAUCAACAGCAACGUCAAAAAGAAGCUGCGUUGGUUUGACGAGCUACAAGACAAAGAAGAGAACAUAACGAAACAGAUGAAGGAGAAGUCUUCCAAUCUUUCUCAGUCACAUAACAACUCAGAGGACCACCAGCUAAGUCUCACUCCAGUCUCAGGGGCCUUCAAGCCUGGACCCUGCACAACCCCUACAGCCUCCACUGGUUAUCACUUUACAAAGCAAGCGUGGGCAGAUGUUGGGGUUCAAGUCAGCUUGCCCCAGGAGCGAGGAGACGAGGUCAAGGUGCCAAGGAGCAGCACCAGGACCAGUGGCCCCAAGGGCCCUCGGAGAGAGUGCUCUUCCAGAGCUGGAGCGGGUCCUGUUUCCUCACGGACCAGAAAGGGCACCGUCAUACGACCUCAAUCUGCCACCGAGGUGAGUCAGAUAGCCAAAACCCAAGGGAAGACCAUGGUGCCCCACCCACCUCAGAGGAUCAAAUCGGUGGAAGAAAAGACGCCGUACAUCACCAAGGCUCCAUAUGGUGUGGAUCACACUAGUGUCAACUGUAAACAAGCUCUGGCUGUAGCGCAGGCCCUGCACAAGGUAAACUCAGAGGGCUUUUUCUCACCUUUCACACUUAAUGUAAUAAGAACCGAUGGUGCUGUUAUGUACACGCCACUGCCACCCUCGUAUACCUACCCCGUCUCAAAGGGCAACACGAAGGGCACGCCCAGCUCAGGUCAUCAGGAAGCUCAGAGCUGCAGCAGAAGAAGGGGGAUGGCGUACAAUGAAAAAGGCCUCUGUUUAGAUUCCACUCCCACAGACGAGGAGAUCUCACAGCUCUGGCAUGGUGUCCGCAGCGCCUUAGCCACCACGGACGCAAAAAACAUGCUCAGACGACAGGCCGUGGACAGCGGGCGAGCUGUGAGGAAAGUGGAGCAGAGCAGACAGCCUCCCAGCUCAGGGAACAGAAGGCUUCCUCAGCCCUCUCAGCCAACCAAACAGACCUCAGAGCCAGUCAGAUCAUUUUCCAGUAUUUACAACAUGGCCUUUCCAAAUGAAGGUUUGGUGAGCGCAGCCCAGUUACAUCUGGCUGAAGUGCAUGCUGGAGGCCUACUGGAAGAAACAGAUAUUGUGACUGCCAUGGAAACAGCCCAAACACAGAGGCCUGGCACAGUGCAGCAGCGCAGACAACAGCAGGGACUCACCACCAUUUCCUUGGAAGAGCAGAAAAUCCUCCUCUCUCUGGACAGACUCAACCACCAGCUGCACUGUGUGCGGGAACAUGUGGGGGGCCAUACUGGCACGCGUGGCCUCAUACUUUUUGAUGCACCUUCUACAAGUGAAGUGAAAGUCACAAACCAUCACAAGCACCGUGCAGCCUCAGCUAACGGCCGCUCUCGAUACCACAGUAAACUCUGACUCACAGCAUGUGUGGUCCACAGCAGUCUUCUCUCCCUUUAGUGCAUUAUACCUGUCCUGUCAUGCUGUGUAACCAACAAAUUUAUUACCCUAUAAAUCAAGUUUAGUCUUCUUUAAAAGUAAAUAUGCUCAAUCGAACACCUUUAAGAUCCAAGAGAUUGGCAGAAGUGGUUAAAACAUAUCAGAAAAAUUCACUCAAUUUUGAAGUAGGUGAGUUGUCAGUAGUUCUGUAUUUUUGCUAGCUUCUUGGACAAGAACAAAUUGUUACAAAUAAUAUAGAUUUUUUAUCUUUUGUUAAGCCACUUACUAGAAGCAAUAUAAUUCUAAGUGCCUUUGAAAAUGAUACUGGCUUCAAUUUUAUUUUACAACUAAAAAAGACCCUUUUUUAAUAGAAUAACUGAUGCAUGACCAGAGCUGAUAGCAAAAUAUACACUGUAGAAUUGUACAAUCUUAUUUAUUUUAUACCUGUCUCAUUCUAAACGUAUUUCCUAUUGUAAAACUAAAAUUUCAUGCAGUCUAUUUUGGGACCACAUUUGCAAUGAAAACCAAAUAAAGCCUGUUGUCAAC